GGGCGUCUUUAUUGACGAAGAGGGGUUUGUAAUUUCAAAUUUCUAGAAAUAAAUGUUUACAUUCUUGAGAAUCAAUGUUAAGGAACGGGAAAUGAAAGAAUGCAAGCCGGGAAAUGAAGGUGGAGAGGCGCACCUUGUCUUCGGCAGCGGCGAAGCCAUUGUGAUAUUCUUUCCCGAAUCCGUGCCGGAUUUAGGUACGCCUGCUUUGUUUGAUGAGAGACGUCGCUGUGGAACGUGGGGCGCCCAAACCCUCCGAUUCAUAGGUCUCCCUUCUCUGUUCUGUAGGGUUUAAUCUCUCUCUCUCUCUCUCCAUGGCAUCUAUAUCUUUCAAUCUCAAAUUUUCCCCCACCACCGCCGGUGCCGCCCCUGUGAGCACCACCGCCGUCAUGUCUUUCCUUCCCAGGAAUCCAUCUCUCUCGCUCUUCUGUUUGAACUCCGCUUCAUUUCACCAUGCCCCAGAAUCGCACACCUUCGCAACCCGAAUAUACCAAACCCCCGUAAUCUGCUCCUCCACUCUCCGUCGCCGCCCGGAAUACAUCCCCAGCCACAUCUCCGACCCCGCCUACGUGCGCGUCUUCGACACCACUCUCCGCGAUGGGGAGCAAUCGCCCGGCGCCACCAUGACCAGCAAGGAGAAGCUCGACAUCGCCCGCGAGCUCGCCAAGCUCGGCGUUGACAUAAUAGAGGCCGGGUUUCCUGCGGCCUCAAAGGACGACCUUGAGGCCGUGAAAAUGAUCGCCGCCGAGGUCGGCAAAGAUGUUGACGGCGAGGGGUACGUGCCGGUCAUAUGCGGUCUGGCGCGGUGUAAUAAGAACGACAUUAAUGCGGCGUGGGAAGCCGUCAAGCAUGCAAAGCGGCCCAGGAUUCAUACGUUUAUUGCAACCAGCGAGAUUCAUAUGCAGUAUAAGCUGAAGAAGUCGAGGGACGAGGUGAUUGAGACUGCGAGGACUAUGGUGAGAUACGCAAGGAGCCUUGGCUGUCAGGAUGUGGAGUUCAGUCCCGAAGAUGCAGGGAGAUCUGACAGGGAGUUUCUUUAUCAAAUUUUGGGGGAAGUAAUUGUUGCUGGGGCCACAACUCUGAACAUCCCUGAUACUGUUGGUUAUACCUUGCCUAGUGAAUUUGGGCAACUGAUUGCUGAUAUUAAAUCCAACACUCCUGGAAUUGAAAAUGUGAUCAUUUCAACGCACUGCCAAAACGAUCUUGGACUUUCUACUGCCAACACAAUAGGGGGGGUAUGUGCUGGUGCAAGACAAGUAGAAGUAACCAUCAACGGUAUUGGUGAAAGAGCUGGGAAUGCAUCCUUGGAGGAGGUUGUAAUGGCUUUAAAAUGCCGUGGAGAGCAACUAUUAGGAGGCCUUUAUACUGGGAUCAGAACGCAAUACAUUGUUAUGGCAAGCAAGAUGGUUGCUGAGUACACGGGAUUGCAUGUGCAGCCACACAAGGCCAUUGUUGGAGCUAAUGCUUUUGCUCAUGAAAGUGGUAUCCAUCAGGAUGGAAUGCUUAAACACAAAGGUACAUAUGAGAUUAUAGCUCCUGAGGAUAUUGGACUUUUUCGGUCUAAUGAAUCUGGUCUUGUGCUUGGAAAACUUAGUGGUCGCCAUGCUUUGAAAACUCGACUUUUGGAGCUUGGAUAUGAUAUUGAUGGUAAGGAACUUGAUAAUAUCUUUUGCCGUUUCAAAACAGUGGCUGAGAGGAAAAAGCAUAUUACCGAUGUUGAUUUAAUUGCAUUGAUAUCUGACGAAAUUUUUCAGCCACAAGUUGUAUGGUCACUUGGUGAUAUGCAGGUGACUUGUGGAACCCUUGGUCUUUCCACUGCAACCAUUAAACUCAUUGACACCAAUAAGGAAGAGCAUAUUGCUUGUUCAGUUGGAAAUGGACCUCUUGAUUCAGCUUACAAGGCCAUUGAUCUUAUUGUAAAGGUUCCAGUGACCCUUCUUGAGUACUCCAUGAGUGCAGUCACAGAAGGCAUAGAUGCAAUAGCUACAACCCGAGUUCUAAUUCGUGGGGAGGAAAAUCACACAGCAACCCAUGCUUUGACUGGAGAAACCAUUCAUCGUACAUUUAGUGGAACUGGAGCAGGAAUGGAUAUUGUUGUUUCCAGUGUUCGAGCCUAUAUAAGCGCAUUAAACAAAUUAUUAGGCUUUGAAAUGCCCUCUGGACCAAAGAAUCAUGUAGAGGAGUCUCAAGUAUCUGUUUGAGGAAGGCUCCUCUAAAUCAAGGAUUGUGGAGAUGGAAGACAUGUAUUGAUUUGUAUUACCAUCAUGGGAUCUAGAAGAUGGGGGUAGCAACUCUUAGUCGUUGUGUUGCCAGCUAUAGCAAUUUUUGUUUAUGGGCAUUCCUCAGUGUUGAUCUUUGAAGGCUUGCUACGUCAUUAAAAUCUGUUGUUCAAAGUUCAAGGCUUCUAUUAAGUGACCUUGGGCUUUUGUUCUUUUUUUGAAUUAAUAGUUAUCAUUAGAACUCCAUUUGAAGUAACCAAUAUGUUCAGCGAGAACUAGAAGUACAUUGGAAUUUCUCUCAUGUUUUGUUUGUGUAAUUAUACAAGAUGGGGGUAGCAACUCUUAGUUGUUGUAUUGCCAGCUAUAGCAAUUUUUUUUCAUGGGCA